AGAAAAAAAAUGUCAAUGUCAAUGUUUUGGUGAAGGGCUCUGCUUAAAAAGUGUUUUUUGAAAAAGUUUUCCACAAAACCUUCGUCAAUUUUGCGCCGUUUGAUAUUUCGAAGGCGGACACAAUCAAACGGCCCUACCGUCGAUGCAGCAGUAAGCUCGGCAAGCGAUGUGGAAAUAUGUUUCCCGUCGUAUCCGUGAUGUGUACGACAGAACUGCCGGGAUCUUAGAGGUACGGCGCGCUUGGAACUGCGGUCCCGGAGAGCGCUUCUGUGCGGAGAGUCCGCCAGAAGAAGGUGUCGACGCGAGCAACGAUGGAGGCAUUGGAAAGCGUUACUGUCUGCUGCAAGCGGCUCGUCCGAAUCAACUGGACGGCCAUACGCGGAAGGAGUACGGAACCGGAUCGAACCAGUCCGAGCGCGAAGGCUUCAAGCGGAAGGAACACCAUCAGCCGCGCUUGGAACACUCCUGGAUCGGAGCAAUAACAUGGACGAGUGCCAUUAUUUGCGGCUGGUACACGAGUCAGCUGUUGUGCCUCUACCGUCGCACCCAACGUGUGGAGUAUCCCGGAGGACGCUGCUACCAGUCUGCGUUACUUCGAACCGCGGACGAACAAAAUCGUCUCUCCUUUCUACAUUGCCGGGUGCUCUCGGAGUACUUUAGACAGCGGACUACAACUGUUCCAUCUGUAUUCGCCAUCGAAUCGCGUAGCUCUUCUUCUGAUUGUGCAUCCGUCGGAAGAGAACCUGCACACGGCCAUGCGCUGCCAUCGUUUGCCAGCUUCGGUGGGCUUCCGUUCAGUGAGUUCGUGGACUACACCGAUAGUCGCCAAUCGUUGAGGCAGAACUUUGCUUUCCGUAUCAAUAAUGAUCGGAAACCGACCGUUUCUGUCGCUGUUCCGGACCUCAGUUCUAGAACCGUACAUCAGCCGUCCGUAACACCAACGGUUGAACUACAGCAGCACGAACCUGAAACAAUCGAGUCGGCAGUGGGGAACUUGAUCAACGUUCUGGGAGAGAUUGAAUAUCAACUUGGCUGCUAUAACUUGGAGCAGGGUGAAUAUAGUGCGGCUGUUUCACAUCUAAAGCUGGGAACCAGUCACCAACACGCCGGUGCUGCCUUCAAUCUUGGUGUAUGCUAUGAACAGGGCUAUGGUUUGCCCAAGGAUUUGCGAAUGGCUCUGGAAUGCUAUCAGCUUGCGGCGGAACAAGGCCAUCCACAGGCGUUGUACAACCUAGGCGUGUUCUACGCUCGAGGAUCCGCCGGAUUACGUGCAAGUCGCUCGAUGGCCAAAAAGUACUUCGUUGCUGCCGCCGAACUUGGUUUGGAGGAAGCGAUUAAAGCUUUAGGUCCCAAGUACCGGCCAGCGAGACAACCAUCCAUGGCGUUUCCGCUGCAGAGUUUUGAGGAAGUAUCGAUUUCCGAUAAUGAGCGGGAAUUUUCGCUCGUUAACGUGGAUCAGUUCCACACCGCGAAACGCAUUGAAGAAUGGACAAACAUGUCGCUUCAAAACGUAGCCACCCAUGGAUAGGCGUUAAGUGGACAAACUUACCUACAGUUGACCGUCCGUAGGAUCUGUCCUUAAUAUUGUGAGUGUAUUUUUUUUCUUGUUCUUUGCCAUUUUAAUUGGUGUGUGGUUUAAUUUUGAAACCCCCACCGCCCGACCUACAUCUCUUCCUCCUGCUGCGUGCGUAGCAAGCAAUUGGUUAAAAGAAGGUUGAUUGUUUGAUUGUGCUCUGUACCUUUUCGCUGGCCACAAUGUGGCAGGAUCGGAUUGUGCGUAGCAGCUAUUGAUAAUGACGGGCUUCGGUGUGGUAUUUGUUUAUAGUGUUUGUGCUGGAUCUUAGAUCAAGAAUAAAAACCAUUUCAAUGUCAAA